UUAUUUACUCGUUAAUUAUUUUUUUUAUUUUAUUAAUGGAUUGCUGACGCCGAUAAAGUGAAACGAGCGAUAAACACGCCGUUAUCAUUACUAAGUUUAUCAAUUGCGCGAUUUUAUGAAUGGAAUUUGUUUUUCUGCGCGGCCCAUUGCUCAACAUUUAUCAUAUUAUAAAGUCUAUAUGCAGACCUCUUGGAAUUUUAUGCACGUCUGAACGUGUUGACGUUAACUUCUAGUAGUCUUUAAUUGAAUGAGUGUCUUUAUUAGAUGCUUACAGUGUAUAGUGACCAAUACGUUUUAUUAAGAUAAAUUCUAACUAAUUUAAAUGUACUUUAAGCAAUUACUUAAUCAACAAUAGAUCCUGUUUCGUGUAAUUAAAAACGAUGCCAAUCAAUCCUUAAAUAAACGUAAAAGAACAAAAUGUCUUCAAAUCCCGGAAAGUGUACCUGCGACGACGACCAGACCACUCCCGACACGGACAGUGGCGAUUCUGGCGUUUCAUCACCAAAGAACGUCACCAAAAUUAGAAUACCCGCAAUAUUCAAGAAACUACCCCAUUUAAAAGAAAAAAAGGAUAAGAAAGAUUGUGGAAAAUCCGUAGAUGGUUACUCAUCGCGUUACACUUCCGCGGGAAGUAGCGGAAGCGGUAACGAUACGAGCAGCAAUAAAAAGUCACCAAAGUGGUCCUUGAAACUGUACUCGAGCAAGAAGAAGAAAAGUUCGCAAUAUAAAACUUCAUGUUGUAAAUGUAAAUGUUCAAGACGAUGCGAAAUCACUCCAAGUAAUAAUAAUAGUGAUUUGGGUGCUGGUGGGUUAUCGGAUACUGAUGAUUCUGCUGACGUUUCUACCAAAAGUAAUGAAGAACCAAAUUUUGAAAACCGAACAGAAACAGUUGAGGCUACCGGGUGUAAUAAAGGACUUAUCUUUCCUACUUCUUGUAUUACAAAUUUACAAUGGGGUGAUAUAAAUAUGGAAGAUAUUGAUGAAGAAGCAAGAAUCGAAAGAGCUCGCGAAAUCGAACAAGGAGUAGAUGCGCCACCAAGUUUUCGACAUGCGCGAAGAGUCCAGCUUCUUUGUGGCGACGAAAACGAUCAAGCGCUUCGACGUUUACAAAUUUUGUGUCCACCUGAUGUGACCAUUGAUUCGCUAAGAGCUUUAUUCCAGAAUGUUACUUUACGGUCGUGUCCGCUGGAUGUUAUUACAGGGUGUCACACACAAGUGGAUUUUAUUCAUUGCUUAGUCCCAGAUCUCCUUAACAUUACCAAUUGUAGUUUUUAUUGGGGUAAAAUGGAUCGUUACGAAGCGGAACGUCUCCUCGAUGGUAAACGCGAAGGUACGUUUCUUCUUCGCGAUUCCGCCCAAGAAGAGUUCCUUUUUAGCGUUUCCUUCCGCAAAUAUGGCAGAUCAUUACACGCUCGUAUAGAGCAAUGGAAUCACAAAUUUAGUUUUGAUUCUCAUGAUCCGGGUGUUUAUACUUCAAACACCGUUUGUGGUUUAAUUGAGCAUUACAAAGAUCCAAGUAGUUGUAUGUUUUUCGAACCAAUGCUCACAUGGCCGUUACAUCGUAACUUUGUUUUCUCAUUACAACACCUUUGUAGAGCAUCAAUUGUUGGUAAAUUAGCUUACGAUGAUGUUAAUCAAUUACAUCUCCCGAAAUCUCUUAAAGUUUAUUUAAAAGAGUAUCAUUAUAGGCAAAAAGUUAGAGUGGAAAGAUUUGAUGAUGAUGUUGCUUGGCUUGAUUUAAGGAAUUCAACAGCAACCUCUUAAAUUUUUUGUUGAUUUUGUUGAUAGAUUAGUUACCAAAAUUAAUAAGGUUUCGAUUUUUUGGAAUGUUGGAAUGUUUUGUGAUUUUUUUUAUGGUUUAUGAAAUGGGGAAAUUUAUAAAUAC